AGCCUCUUCCCGCUAAAUCUAAAACUUUAGAAGGAAUAGAGGCAAACAGUUUGUGCUGCUCACACUCUCUGAACCCUAACUCCCUCUCUCUCUCUCUCUCUCUCUCUAACAAUGGCUUCCGACUCUUCUGCACCCAAUUUCAACAACGGGCCUUCCUCUCCCGAUGACUCCUUCUCCAGCCCAAUCGGCAACACCUUCUCUUCUCCGGCCGACGCCGCCGCCGCUCGCCAGAGAACCCGCCGCCGAUCCACCACACCCACCGCAUUCGCAACCCCUCCCGCCUCCCGCUCCCGCUUCGCCGCCUCCGAAACAACCCCAACCCCAUCGUCUCGCACGCGCCGCCCCAACGGCACCACACGCACCCCCUCCUCAACCGAUGAUGGCCCCCCCUCUUCGGAAGGCGGCGACAGCUACGGCAUGGACGAGGACCGCCCCACCUUCGUCUGGGGCACCAAUAUCAGCGUCAAUGAUGUUAAGCUCGCCAUUAUUAGGUUUUUGAAGAAUUUUCGGGACCAAUCGCAGAACUCCGAGAGCGAUUAUCUUACUGAAGGCAAGUACAUUGAGGCCAUCAAGAGAAUUCUGGAAAUGGAAGGCGAUUCGCUAGAUGUGGAUGCCCGCAAUGUGUUUGAUUAUGAUUCCGAUUUGUAUGCCAAGAUGGUCAGGUACCCACUUGAGGUUCUUGCUAUUUUCGACAUUGUUUUGAUGGAAAUGUUGCCUGUCAUAAACCCCUUGUUCGAGAAGCACAUUCAGACUCGCAUUUUCAAUCUCAAAACAUCAACAUCCAUGAGAAAUCUGAACCCAUCUGAUAUUGAGAGGAUGGUUUCAAUAAAGGGGAUGAUUAUUCGGUCUAGUUCAAUAAUACCAGAGAUAAGGGAAGCAAUAUUUAGAUGCCUCGUGUGUGGUUACUACUCUGACCCUCUUCCUGUAGAAAAAGGGAAAAUAAAUGAACCUACAAGAUGCAUGAAGGAAGAGUGUCAAGCCAAGAAUUCUAUGACACUUGUUCACAACCGUUGCAGGUUUACUGAUAAACAGAUUGUGAGGCUCCAGGAGACGCCUGAUGAGAUCCCUGAAGGAGGGACACCGCAUACUGUGAGUUUGUUGAUGCAUGACAAACUGGUUGAUGCGGGAAAACCAGGUGACAGAGUUGAGGUUACUGGGAUAUAUCGGGCUAUGAGCGUAAGAGUUGGACCUACACAGAGAACUGUAAAAUCAUUAUUCAAGACUUAUAUUGAUUGUCUGCAUAUAAAAAAGUCUGACAAGUCAAGAAUGCUGGCGGAGGAGCAGACGGAAGUUGAGAAUUCCUUGGGUGGAAAUUCAGAUGAGAUUCUUUUUGAUGAAAAGAAGGUGGAACAAUUGAAAGAGCUGGCAAAACAGCCUGAUAUAUAUGAUCGCCUAACCAGAUCUUUGGCACCAAACAUCUGGGAGUUAGAUGAUGUCAAAAAAGGCCUUCUUUGCCAGCUUUUUGGUGGGAAUGCUUUGAAGUUGCCAUCUGGUGCUAGGUUCCGUGGGGAUAUUAAUAUUCUUCUUGUUGGUGAUCCUGGAACCAGCAAGUCCCAGCUGCUCCAGUACAUACACAAGCUUGCUCCCCGUGGCAUAUACACUAGUGGAAGAGGGAGUUCUGCUGUUGGUUUGACUGCUUAUGUUGCAAAAGAUCCUGAAACAGGGGAAACUGUUUUAGAGAGUGGAGCCUUAGUUUUGAGUGAUCGAGGCAUUUGUUGCAUUGAUGAAUUUGACAAAAUGUCUGACAGUGCAAGGAGCAUGUUACACGAGGUGAUGGAGCAGCAAACUGUGUCAAUAGCAAAGGCGGGAAUCAUUGCUUCCCUUAAUGCUAGGACAUCAGUCCUGGCUUGUGCAAAUCCAAGUGGAUCUCGCUAUAAUCCUCGCUUGUCAGUAAUUGACAACAUACACCUUCCUCCUACCUUAUUAUCCAGGUUUGAUCUGAUCUACUUAAUCCUUGACAAGGCUGAUGAGCAGACAGACAGGCGCCUUGCAAAGCAUAUUGUUGCCUUGCACUUUGAGAAUCCUGAGACUGUACAGCAGGAUGUUUUAGACCUUGCCACGUUGACUGCUUAUGUGGGAUAUGCCCGAAAGCAUAUUCACCCACAAUUAUCUGAUGAAGCUGCAGAGGAGUUGACUCGUGGCUAUGUAGAGUUGAGGAGGAGAGGAAAUUUUCCGGGCAGCAGCAAAAAGGUGAUAACAGCAACUCCUAGGCAAAUCGAGAGUUUGAUACGUCUUAGUGAAGCUCUAGCUCGGAUUCGUUUUUCAGAAUCGGUUGAAAAGCAUGAUGUAAUGGAGGCAUUUCGGCUUCUUGAAGUUGCAAUGCAACAAUCAGCAACAGAUCACUCCACUGGAACGAUCGACAUGGAUCUUAUUAAUACUGGAAUUUCGGCAAGUGAAAGAAUGAGACGGGAGAAUCUAGUGUCAUCAGCUCGCAACUUAAUUAUGGAGAAGAUGCAACUUGGGGGACCCUCAAUGCGUUUGUUAGAGCUGCUGGAGGAGCUGAAGAAGCAGAGUUCUGGCAGUGAAAUUCACCUCAACGAUCUUAGGAAUGCAAUUGCUACUCUUGCAAGUGAGGGAUUUGUCGCUGUUCAUGGAGACAGUGUCAAAAGAGUAUGAUAGGAGGAUCAAGAAGAAAUGUAUUGGUUGACAUUUGACAUUGCUUUUUAAAUUGUAACAAGAGGCUACUCAAGAUUAAUAUAGGUUUUUCAGAUCGUGUUUUUGCUGGAA